AUGUCCUACCAGAAUGAAUCCACGUCAGAUCAAGAGCACGAGACCCCGCCGAGACCCCAACCGUUAUCGAUAUCUGGCUUGACUACCGCCGUACCUUCACUACAUGGCUCGAAUGAAAACCUCAAUGGAAAGCAGAAAGAUGUAGAAAGCGAAAAGGAGCGGAACCUGGACAGGCCCGGUUUCCUUGUUGUCCCACGAGAUCGUCCACGCCGCCCAUCAAUUCAGAGCACAUUCAGCGACCUGUCCGAGCUGUCGUACCACCCCAGCCGUCAAAAUGCACCUCUCAUGCGUACUGGGUCGUAUACUUCAGAUACUGGAAAACCACAAUCAGCGUUCGCGAGGAGAUUGCGGGCGUUAUGGGUUCAGAACUAUGGCGCUCUGCUCGUGCUCUGCGCACAAUUUUUCGGCUGCCUCAUGAAUUUGUCUACUCGUCUACUGGAGAUGGAUGGAGAGCACGGUGCAGCCAUGCACCCUUUUCAAAUCCUGUUUGCGCGACAAGGCAUCACGGCUGCUGUUUGCAUCACGUACGGGAUGUACUCCAAGUCUGUUGAGCAUUUUCCGCUUGGACCGAAGGGCAUCCGAUGGUUGCUGGUACUGCGAGGCAUCGGUGGAUUCUUUGGUGUAUUCGGUCUCUACUUCUCGCUCCUCUAUCUCCCAUUGAGCGAGGCAACAGUGCUGACGUUUCUGGCUCCGAUCAUCGUGUGUUAUGUUUGCAGUCGACUAAUGGCUGGCGAGUCUUUCACAAGGCAGCAGCAACUUGCUGCCCUGGUCAGCCUGGUUGGUGUGGUGCUGAUCGCCAGACCGCACACAAUUCUCAGGCUCUUCUUCGAGGGUUCCUCAGAUGCUUCUCUGGACGUAGCCAUGAACAGCACAAGCUCAGCCACCCCGACAAGUGCUACUUCGACCCUUCUGCCAUCCGAUCCGGUCACCACGGGCGGUGCGAGCAGCCACUCCCAAACAGGCCCACCUACCGUGACUGCCAAACAGCAUCUCGCUGCGAUCGGUAUCAGUCUGAUCGGCGUCUUCGGUGCCACGAUUGCAAUGACGACAAUUCGUGCGAUCGGGACGCGAGCACACCCGUUCGUUUCGAUUAACUACUUCAGCGUGUGGUGCACUAUCGUGAGUCUGGUCAGCUUGAUAAUCUUCCCAGACGUCAAGUUUCGGCUUCCCGGCAAUCUCACGGAAUGGGGUCUGCUGGCCAGUCUAGGUGCGUGCGGCUUCGUGAUGCAAUGGUUACUUACCGAGGGCCUGGCUUAUGGGAGUGCUUCUAACGCCAAGCAACCGGCCAUCAGCGGCAGAGAGGACAUCGAAGCCGAUGGUGAUGGCAGGAAGGGGGUUGGUCGCCAUCCCACGAGGCCCACGAAGAACAAUAUAGUCAUCAAGGGCGCUGGGACACGUGCGACGUCUAUGGUAUACACGCAGAUGCUUUUCGCCUUGGCCGGCGAUAAGGUAGUAUUCGGUGUCACGCCGACCGCGCUGAGCUGGGUGGGUAGCGCAUUCAUUCCAGCUGGUGCGAUGUGGGUUGCCGCUGCGAGGGAUCAGCCUCCUGCGACCACUGCAGCAGAUAGUUUGGAGCUCAACACAGUUGCGGCGAAUGCGGUUGGGUUUGGCAGCGUGGAAACAUCCAGGCCAGCAAAGCCAUCGCAGACAGAACAAGAAGAUGCCGUGGGGCUGAUGGACGAUGUUGAUGGCCUAGAAGGCGUCGUCAGUGACGAUGAUGACGACUACGGGGGUAGUCCCAGUAGCUCGACGGCAGUGUCGAGUCCGUCGCGGAGGUCGCCAACCAACUCAUGGUAG